AUGCUGCGGAAGGCGGCCGUCGGGUUCCUCGCCUGCCUCGUGCUCUACCUCGCCUUCUCCUCCUACCUCCGUAGCCAGAGGGCUGCAUAUGUUCAGUUUCCAGCAGUUACUCACAGGGUAUACCUGGACGUGGAAAUUGAUGGCCAAAAUAUAGGUAGAAUUGUCAUUGGUCUUUAUGGGGAAGUGGUGCCAAAAACAGUUGGUAUUUUCACACCCUCUUUCUCUCUUUCUACUCAUGCUUAUAUUUUCCUGUUGAAGCAUAUAACUCUUUGGGGGUAA